CGGCACUGUCGCGCGUCGGUGACGGCGUGCGUACGGCAACGUAAAAUUGACGAAGAAACACAGUAGCAGGCACUGGAGCUCCGUCGGUUAACAAACUACUUUUUUUUACUACGCAGAGAAUUCAUUUCACCAUAUACCACGCAUUCCUCUAUAUUUCGAGCUUUGGGAACGACAGCUUAGGAUCAAGAUGUCGUACAUGCUCCCACAUCUCCAUAAUGGCUGGCAGGUCGACCAAGCCAUCCUGUCUGAGGAGGACCGAGUCCUCGUGAUCCGCUUCGGACAUGAUUGGGACCCGACAUGCAUGAAAAUGGACGAGGUCCUGUACAGCAUCGCUGAGAAGGUAAAGAAUUUUGCUGUCAUUUACCUGGUGGACAUCACAGAAGUGCCUGACUUCAACAAGAUGUAUGAGUUGUAUGACCCCUGCACUGUCAUGUUCUUUUUCAGGAACAAACACAUCAUGAUUGAUUUGGGUACCGGUAACAACAACAAGAUCAACUGGACAAUGGAGGACAAGCAGGAGAUGAUAGACAUUAUUGAGACAGUGUACAGAGGAGCAAGAAAAGGACGAGGUCUGGUGGUGUCUCCGAAGGAUUAUUCUACAAAAUACAGAUAUUGAUUUUUUUUUUCCUAACUUUUUUAAGAAGUUCUUUUUUCCCUGAUAUUUUGUGACACAACACAGAGACUACAAGUUACAGAAUCUACUGAUCUUUUUCAGCAUUUUUGUUUUCAUCAGCAAAACAAGACAAUAUUUGUAUCAAUGGUCAUUAUUGUUUGACAUCGUGCCAUUUGUGUUUUUUGUAUGUAGAUUACCAUUUUAUUCAGUUGUUCAACAUUAAGUUGUUUCUUUUUCUCAAAAAGACUUAUGUCUGUGAAACAAGUGCUGAGUCAGACAUGUUAAACAAGGCCUCAUAUUUAAAUGUUGUAAUAAACAUGGAUAUUUACACAGGACAA